AUGACUGGUGUUAACCAGAGGGGUAUAUUAUCUUUCUUUCAAAAUGUAUCUUCUCAGAAGACUAAGUUCAAAGAGAAUACUGCUUCAGAUGCAAACAAACACUGCAAGGAUGAAAAGACGGAUUAUAGGAAAAAAGAGUUAGAAAAUAAGGAUAAUGGUGAUGUCAUUUUAAUUAUGGAUGAGCAGGUGGAGAGUGAAGAUAAUCAUUUAAUUAAUGCUGAUUUGAAUCCACAAAACCACGAAUCUAAUCAAAAUAAGAAUAUAAAAGAUUCAGAAGAGAAAAGUAAGGUAGCAUUGGGUACAACAGUUGAAAAUAUUGAUUCUAGACAGGGGGAAACUGCAUUAAAUAGUUCUACUAAGAUUUCAUUUGAACCGUCUUUUUCUGAAAAUCAAAUUGAUGAGAAUCUGGAUGAGAAAGGCAAUGAAAAAGAGAAAGAUACAUCAAAAUCAUCCGAAAUCAUGUCUAAGAACUUGAUUAAAAAAGAGCAAUUAAUAAAAGAUAAAGAAUUGAAAAAAUUGGAACGUGAGCAAGAACAGUUAAUGAAGAGAAAGAAAAAAGAAGAGGAAAGACGUAAACGUGAGGAAGAAAAGCAGAGAAGAGAACAGUUGAAGGAAGAAGAAAGACGUAAACGUGAAGAAGAGAAACAGAGAAGGGAACGAAUAAAAGAGGAGGAAAGGCGUAGGCGUGAAGAAGCGAAACGAGCCAAAGAGGCAGAGAAACGUAAGAGAGAAGAGGAAAGAUUAAAAAAAGAAAAUGAAAAGAGAGCUAAGCAAGAGGCUAAAGAGAGAGCACAACUAAGAAUUGGUAAUUUUUUUAAAAAGAGUUUAAAUGAAACCAUAAAGCCUGUAGUGACAAAAUCAGAUUAUGAACGAGUCUUUAGACCAUUUUAUACUAGAGAUAAUAUUAUCAUAUCAAACAUUUCAGCCUUAUCGCAAAAUAAACUGGAAACAAACAAACAAUACAUAGAUAAUCAAUUAUUGCAUAAAAGUGACAAUAGUGAGAGUAUAUUUGACUGGGUCAAAUCUAAAAGGGUAGAAAGAGGGUAUAAAAUUAAAUUGAAAGCAGUGGCAUUAUUGCAACAAAUGACUACAAAGGAGAAGACAGAUGAAGAACUUCAGCAUAUGCUGUCUAUGAUUCCACAAAAAUAUAUUAAAUUUUAUGAAAACGUGAGACCCCCAUUUAUUGGAACAUAUUCUAAGGACUUUAGACUGCCAGUGUCUAGGCCAUUCUGCACGGAUGUAGCAGAUUAUAACUACGAUUAUGACUCAGAUCUAGAAUGGGUUAAUGGAGAGGAUGAGGAGGGUGAUGGAGCUGGUGUUGAUAACUUAGAAAGUGGAGAUGAUGAAGAUGAUGAUGAUGAUGAAGAUGAUGGGAGUGAAGGUGAAUUUGAUGGAUUCUUAGAUACAGAUGAUCCAAAUAACACAAACCAAUCUAAGAAAAAAAUUAUUGGGCCAUUGAUACCUGUUGUUUUUUUAAGACAUCAGUUAGAUGAGUUAGAAGCUGAUGAUAAAGAUUAUUUUAAAAAUACUAGUGUACAACCACUGAUUGAAAACUUGCCACUUCCAAUAGAUCCAAGUAAAGCAAUCACAGUACCAAAGCUUGCAGAUCAAUUAAAUAAUGUAUCAUCGAAAAAACAGUCUUUCAGUUGUGAAAAGCGUACUAUCAGUGAAGUUGGAAUCACUGGCAAUGAUGGCUCACCUGGUGCUAAAAAACCAAAACUUUUGAUCACUGAUUCUACUGAUUUAUUAAGACUAUUUAAUGAAAUACAUGGCAGUACAUUUUCAUUAGGUACUGUCACAGAAAUUGCUCAAAAGGGACUGCCGCAAUAUAACAAAUUGACCAUUAAGAAUACUGUACGAGAAUAUGCUACCAGAGUGAGCUCCAAAGGCGAUAGUUCUCGUAAAUGGGAAAUUAAUGAUAUGGAAUUUUGGGAAAAACUAAAAACAGAAGCUGUAUAG